AAGAGAAAUACCGAGGGGUUUAAAACGAUCCACUUUGUUCCCUGCGCCUCGCUGCUGUUCUUAGUUCGUUCGUUGGUUUCUGGAGCCCCCCGCCAUCACCACACGCCAAAAUGCCCAGCAAGAGGAAGAAGAACAAGCGUCGCAUGAGGAGGGUGCAGGCUCAGCGGAGAGCCCUCGAAGAGCAGCAUGCAGCCAACCCCCCAGCUAAAGCAACCCCAGGUAUUGCAGUGUGUGCGCCCCCUGCAGCAGCCCCUAAGAAGGCAGCUAAAACUCCAGCGCCAGUAAAAGAAAAGGUUCCAGAGGCUGUUCCCAUUGCUGUCCCCAUUGUAGAGCCACCCAAAGUUGUCCAAAAACCGGUUGUGGAAGAAACAAUUCAAGCACCGGUCCCGGCUGAGGUUGUGGCACCGGAGCCCGAGCCUGUGGUGGUGGAACAGACUCAAGUUGAAGUUGUAAUUGAAGCCCUAACACCGGUCAUUGAGAAGGAACCAGUUCUUGAGGCCACGCCAGUGGAGACCCCUGCGGUUGAAGCUGCAGUAGUACAAGAGGCUGAAGCUAUCAUUCCUGAGCCAGCACCAGAACCAGAACCAGAACCAGUAACUGAGGUCACACCCCCAGCUGAGGCCCCAGUUGUGGCGGCUCCUGCUGAGAAUGAGGUUCAGGCAGAGGAGACCGUAGUCACUGACACAGAGGUUGCAGAGGCGCAUGCUAUCUUUGAACCACAGAUUGAAGUGGUGGUUGAGCGCUUGUCAGAUGAAGAUGCUGCGCCUGACGCUGAGGCGGAGCCGCCUGUCACUGAGGCCAUCUGUACACCCCAAACCCUGGCUGAAGUGGCUGCAGAGCCGGAGGAACUCAUCAGCGAACCCGAUUCCACUGAAGCAGAACUUGUUACAGACGAAACGGUCACAGAAGUUGUGGCAGGAUCGGUGGUAGAGGAGGUUUCCAAUGGGAUAUCUGAGCCAGAAGAGGUGGCUGAGGGAGUUGUCAGCUCUACAGCCACUGUUGAGGAGGAGGAGGAGGAGGAUGAGGAAGAGGAGGAGGAGGAAGAAGAAGAAGAAGAAGUCGAAGCGGAAGUGUUGGCAGAAGAAGUUGCACCUGAAGUCGCAGAUGAGCCUGUUGAAAUCAGAGAGGAUGUUCCUGCCCCACCAGUGGAAGUCCCAGUGGAGCCAGCUGUCAUCCCAGAGACCCCGGCAGAAGUGGCUGAAACCCCUGCAGCUGAAGUCACAGAGGCCCCUGCUGUGCAGCCUGUGGCCGACACUGUGGUCGAUGACUUUGUCGUCACAGACGCUGCUCCAGUAGUGGAGGCUGCCAUGGCUGAGUCUGCCGUUAUGCAGCAGGCAUCUCUGGCCAUGGGCGACGCCCUCAACGCCCUGUCAGAAUCUCUGGAUGUGAUCCCCGCUGCCCCUGAGCCCGCCCCUGUCCCUGCAGAGGAAAUUGUGAACGAAACAGAGUGUGGGGAGGAGGAAAUGUCCAAGCUGGGGGAGAGGGAGGACACCCUUCCACCUGAGUACCGGCCGUCCCUGGAGGACCUGCUGGCUAAAGAGGAAAUUGAAGCUCAGCUUAAAAUUGAGGCCAUGAAGGAUGCCAUUGAUGAGCAGACGUGCCUGGAUGUGCUGUCAGACGGCUUCUCUGCCCCUCAGCCAGAGAUCUGCGACAUGCCGUGUCAGACGCAGGUUGCCGUGGAGCCCAUGCAGCUUGAGAUCCCAGUGGAAGGAGCGCUGAACGGACACAUCCUUCCAGAGGUGUCCAUCGAAGGCUAGGUCCACACUACACAGAUUCCCCUCAGUCGUUUGGAGGACUAAAGACUUCACUGGGAGCCAACCAGCCGAAGUUAACUUUUAAAUUUUUUAGGGCUUACAAAGGGACCUCUGGGAAAUCGAAGGGACAUCCACACUUCAAAGUGCCUUUCCUGUCUGGGUUCCUGUCAAAACACCAAACCAAAAGUCAACAGGAUAAAACUGCCCGAUUCCAGGUGGCAGAGCAGACUCUUGUCAUAAGCAUGUCGCAAUCGGAACAAACAGAUUAUGGCUCCUUUGAUAGAUUUUGUCUGUAUUUCUCCCCAAAAGCAUGUAUAGUGAAUUUGCAUUGAUUGUAAAGUACCUACAUCCAAUGCGUAUCAAUACUGUAGCAUUGAUGAAUGUGGCUAUAGUUUGUACCUGGGCCAUGUUUAUAAGGGUGGGAGGGGAAACCUUUUUUUUGGGUGUUUUUAUUCACAUUUAAAAAUCCCAGAUUUUGCUCGUCAUGCUCUCUUUUCUGAAGGGGCAGGGCAGCAGAUUGCUCCCUAGCCUCCCUGUCUCCCCUUAUCUCUCCUCCAGUCCUCCUCUGCCCCAGUGAAGUGCCAUUGCUUGUGAAUGGGAUUGUCUGUGUGCGUCCCAGCUUCGCCCCUCACCCCUAUACUGUGCGGUGUCUGCAUUCCCAAUUUGAGAAGUCAGUCUGAUGCUAAAACAAUAGGGGAUCUUCUAAGAACCUAAAGGAGGUGACUAGCACUUUGUGGUUCCUCACACAAAAAUAAUCUCUAAAGGGUUUCUCAGUGAACCCCGUUUAUAUCUGGGCUCAUGAACCCUUUAGGCAGGGAUUCCUCCAGGAACCAUCCGGAGUUUUCCCUGUAUGGUUCCCAUCUGAACAAACCCUGAACUAACAUUGUAAGAUCGAUGCCCGCUGGAAACCAGGGACGAAUAGACUUGAGGGAGCAGGCUUGGAGGUCUUUUUCUGUGUUUCUUGUUUUUUUUUUUUUUUUUUUCUCUGUCUUCUUUUCUAAUUUGUUUUGUAUAGACCACACGAUGUGGUAGAGUUUUGCAUUCACAGUCCGUGCUCGGGAGGAGACUUUGAUGAGGGGGUCAUGUGAUGUGCUUUGAUGAUGAUGUAAUGAUCACAAAUGGGCUGAGUUGGACUUGAUCCACCUUUGGAAUAAAACUAUAUCUCAUCGGGA